AUGACGUCAAACAGCAUCAUCAAGCUUUCGUGCAUCAUUAAUUUUAUUGAUGAUAAAAAAAUAUUUUCCAAAGGAGAAAAUUCUUUUGAAUGUGGGUAUGUCAAAAGUUUUAAUUACAUACCUGAUGUAGGUAUACUUAGUGGUCAAGUGCACGCAAGUAUGAAAAAUAAAUUGUAUGAUGUUAAGAUAUUUUUCAAAGAUAAAAAUAUUGAACAUGCCAGCUGUAUAUGUCCGACAGGUUUGACAAAAUGCCAUCAUAUGGUUUCACUUCUUUUACAUGGUCAUAAUAAUAUAUCUGUAACUGAUAUAUCAUGCAGCUGGUCAAAAAAAUCUGUAAGAGAAAAUGAUGAAGUACAGUAG